AAUCGGGUUAAAGUUGAUUUGGAGACCGGUUGCCCAAAACGUUUUUGGAUAUUUUUUAACAACAACAAAAAUAAAAUUACGGACCGGAGCUUUUAAGUAUCUCGAUAACUUCAGGGGUUCAGUCAAAUUAAUUAAUGAGGGGUUCAAUCGGUUUGCGAUACUCAACGAAAAUAAAGUUUUCGGUUGACCACAAAACUUAAUGACGUAACUUACGUCAUAGAAUUCAAAAUUUGACCGUUACUUGUCAGACGCUCACCCUGUCCCUUGAAAACAAAGACUAUAAGAAUACCGAAAUAUAAUAUCUUAGAGAGACUUUGCCUGAAAACAACUCAACGUCUCCACGAUGAGCCCUAGCAUGAAAAUUCUUAUUUUCAUGGGUGCUUUGGGGUGGGGGGUGAUUUUUUAUUUUGCCGCGACCAGUCCUCUGUCCGAAGAGUAUUAUCUGUGCGGACACAGGCCUGAGAGAACGAUUGAACAUCGCGAUAAACGGAUGAUCGGAGCCGAGAACGUCCCAGUGAGCGUUUGGCCGUGGCAGGUGUCUGUUCAGUACAGGCCCAAUUCAUCCGCCCCGUUUACUCAGGUCUGCGGUGGGGCUAUCAUCGACCAAUACUGGAUAAUGACAGCAGCUUCGUGUGUAAAUAAGCAGCAAAAAAGGCAGCUUUUGAUCCGAGCGGGAAGCGAUAGGUUGGAUGUCGACGACGAGUCCACACAGCAAUCACGAGUCGCCAGAAUUAUUAAACACAAGCGAUUCAAUCCCGUCACCUUGCGGUACAACAUUGCACUUUUACAAAUGAAGACCCCUUUUGAGUUGAACGAGUUUGUGUAUCCCAUCUGUGUGCCUGACGAUGACACUGCCGAUCAUAGAUACGAAUCGUGUCACAUCACGGGAUACAACGCUCAGCCCGCUGGCGACGUUGGCGCACUGCAAGAGGCCAAAGUGGAUUUAAUGUCAAGGUCCUUGUGCAAUAGGCCAGAGUAUUGGAACUAUACUGUGCCAGCGGACAUGCUCUGUGUUGGUGAUUUCGGUGGCGGUGUUGAUGGAUGUCAGACAAAUAUUGGCGGACCGCUGAACUGCUACGUCAAAAUUAAGGAGCGUUACUUUUUGAUUGGAAUUCGAGUGAAGGCCACUUCUUGUGGAAAACCUAACCAACCAAAUGUUUAUUUGAAAGUCUACAGCCUCUAUUAUUGGAUUGAGCGCGCAAUGAAUAUGGCCUUACAUUAAAUAUGACUUUGCAUAUACAUAAUAUUUUGUAUAAACAGCAGGCCUAAUUCACAUACCCAGUAUUGUGUUUGUGUCAUGACUGUAUGGACAUGAGAAGUGACGAGUAAGUCAGAGGAUGUAGUGACCUCUGGUGGACAAUCUGUAUUAAGCCUGAAGCUUUCAGGAGCUUGUGUCCUGAUUAUUUUGUUAGAUGAUUCCUUGAUUUCAUGAAAUGUCAUGUGAAUAAGAGUAGAUUUUCCUUAAAAAGUGUGUGUGGAUUAUUCGAGGACAGGAGUGAUUUUUAAUUAAAUCUGUAUAUUUAAACCUACAGUAAACUUCCUUUGAAUGACAAGCAUGUGCUUUAAAAUAGUCUUUUCAGAACCUAAAAGCAGCUCAAAUAAAUUAAGCAUUUGCAUUGAUGUACAGU